AUGGCUCGUCGAGGUAAAUUGAAAUUCAAAGAUGUAGUCAAGAAACCUCAUGGACAAAAGGGACAAUCCAAUAAGAAACCCAAAAAACAACACUCAAGGAGAACAUACAGUUUAUUUGAUAACAAAAAAUCUAAACCCAAAAGGAAAUUCCACUCUGAAAGGUCUGUAGAAGAACCGGAUCCGAAAAAACUAAAGUAUGAAGCACCACCUGCUAUAGAAGAAUCAAGCUCUUCUGAUGAGGAAACUGCACCCUUAGACAAUUUAAGGAACACUUUUACCAUAACAAGGAAUACUAAGAAAUCUUCAGCCAUAGAUAGUAGUGAGAGUGAAGAUGAAAAUGAAGAUGAAGUUGAGAAAAAUUCAACUGAAGCAGAUGGAGAAAGUGAAAUAGACUCAGAGAUAGAUGAUGAUGGCAUGCUUGAAACAAGUUCAGGUGGAAAUGAUCACGGAAACAUUUCUGAGGUGGAAAGUGAUUUAGAAGAUAAAAAUUCAGAAAAAACUGAUACAGAAUCUCUAGCACAAUCUGAAUCCUCUGAAAUAGAAGUUGAUACUGAAACUGAUAUUGAUGAGGUUGACAAUACUGAAGAUCCAUUCAUUAAACAUAUUGCUUAUGAUUUGCAUGAUAGUAUGUUAGAAGCUCUCCAAAGUACCCCAGUUUCAUUAGAUCAUUUCACAGAAACUUGGUCAACUUUGGGUAAAUUGAGUAUACAGAUACCAAAAUGUGACUCCAUCAGUUUGGAAGGAAAUUCAACACAAGAUUCAACAUUCAGUAUUGUAGAGAAAAAAAUGUUUGCUGCUAAGGGUAUUGUCCCUAAAAGUGUAUCUAAGUCAUCAAAACCUAGUCAGUUAUUUAUCAAAACCCAGAUCAUCAACAACUUGGGGAAGCUAAAUAAAAAAACUACUGGAAGUGAAAACUUCACUUCCUUGCAAGCAGAAAUAUUCUCAGUUAUAAACAAUUAUCAAGAUUUUUGUUAUUCAGGAAGGACAUUUUCUAAUUCAGAGGAGAUACGUUUUGUAUAUUGUGUACAUGCUGUGAAUCACGUAUUAAAAACAAGAUUGAAAGUCAUACACCAUAAUGUUAGGUUGUCUAAAAAGGAUGAUGUACCAGAAGAAUUCAGAGAUCAAGGAUUAGUCAGACCCAAAGUGCUUAUAAUUGUACCAUUCAAAGAUGCAGCAUACAAAAUUGUACAAAUGUUGAUAGAUUUGAUACUGCCCCAGGAUAAGGGAAAUGUCAUGAACAAACUAAGAUUCAUAGAAGAUUAUACUGGAAAUGAAUUGAUCAUGCCCAAGAAAAAUCCAAAACCAGAAGAUUAUGAACUCACUUUUCAUGGGAACACAAAUGAUGAUUUCAAAAUGGGCAUAACAGUCACAAAAAAGAGCUUGAAGCUCUAUGCUGAGUUUUACUCUUCUGAUAUCAUCAUAGCCUCUCCAUUGGGACUGAGGACAAUUAUUGGUGCUGAAGGAGAACCUGAUAGGGACUAUGAUUUUUUAGCUUCCAUAGAACUACUAAUAUUGGAUCAGACAGAGUUAUUCUUAAUGCAGAAUUGGGAUCAUGUUGUGCACAUUUUCAAUCACAUGCAUUUACAGCCUAAAGAUUCACAUGGAACUGAUUUUUCAAGGGUGAGGACUUGGAGUUUGAAUGGCUGGGCGAAAUACUAUCGCCAAACCCUCAUUUUCUCUUCCAUCGCUCUCCCAGAAAUCAACUCGAUCUUCAACAAAAAGUGCCACAACUAUGCUGGCAAAGUGAGGGUGAUCAACCCCUCGGAGGUGGGUUGCAUAAACCGGGUGGUGGUCCAGGUGCCCCACGUCUUCCACAGAUUCGAGUGCAGCAAUGCGGCAGAGGCGAUAGACGCCAGGUUUGACUUUUUUGUUAGCAAAAUUCUGCCUCAGCAGAGAGAGAGUCUGAUGAAGCAGACGCUCAUAUUUGUGCCUAGCUAUUUCGACUAUGUGAGGGUGAGAAACUACUUCAAAAAGGAGGAUAUUGGGUUUGUGCAGAUUUGUGAAUAUUCCAAGGAAGGUAAAGUGGCAAGAGCACGUGACAUGUUCUUUCACGGAGAUGCUCACUUCCUCUUAUACACAGAAAGAUACCAUUUUUUCAAUCGAAAACGUAUCAAAGGGAUCAGACACAUCCUUUUUUAUCAACUGCCGGUGUUUCCACAUUUUUAUUAUGAAAUGUGCAAUUUGAUGCAAGACUCUUACCAAAACAAAAAGGUUGGUAGCCAGUCGAAUAUGACAGUGACAGUUAUUUAUUCCAAGUAUGACCUGUAUCAGUUGUCGAGUGUAGUGGGGACUGAAAAAGCUACAAAAAUGAGUCAGUCUGAUAGAAAAGUGCAUAUGAUGGUCACGGGUGGAGGGUGA